AAACACAAUUAACUUACAUGAAAAUAUAUGAGAAACGAGAUGACCAGUUCCCUCUGGCAGCACCCGUUCACGAGUUGACGCAUGGAACAGCCAUCGCGUAGCUCAACCAUAAUAGAGGGAACCUCACGAGUAUGAGUUCUAAACAGAGGACAUUGUCAUCAUGACAAUUAGCUGUGUUUUGAUGGCGAGUGUACCCUGGUGUGAAGGCGAGGUGUGUCGAAACGCGAUGUCGGAAGUUGUGACGUGACGCAUUGCUGUCUUCGCUAAUGAACUGACACGGGACGAGGUUAUUUCCAUGUGUCAUAUUAAUACGUAAGACUAAGGACCCGCUUCACUGCUUGCUGAUAAAGUAUCUGAUAUCCUACAUGUAACAUAUCGAACAGAUGGCGUGUGUUUUUCUAGUGUUGGAUAGGUUCGUAGACUGUCAAAUUACAGUAUGAUAAUUUACCAGAAAAUGUGAAACAGGCGAUAAAUAUUAUAAUAACAAACUGCAGGCUUGAUAUCGCGGAUACGCGUGCAAAAGGUUAAUUUAAUGGACAAGUAAAGAUCCCGAAGACCGUGCGAAGUGGAGGAGAAAUAAGUGAGAACGCGGAUCCAGGGCAUCACGUGAUAUUCAGAAAGCUUCGGCGGAGGAAGGAACCAAGAAAACGCUGACACGAGAGAAAGACUGAAUUUAUGUCAAAGCAGAAAAUGAGCUCCCAUAAAGCACGCCACAUCAAUGCACCGAUAUAAGAAUAAGUCUAACUGGGCCAGUGCAGCUUCCGCCACUUCCAAACAGAGUAUUUACAAAUAAAACAAAUAUCCAGAGUACAGAAAGUUACCUUUUCUUCCUUGUGAAAGACCCGGUUGAAUUUGUCACUAUGUGUGAGAUUUGCCGGAAUGGGUCGCGAAGUUGUAUGGAAGUUUUUUUGGUCUUAGGUGUAAAGUAAAAUCUAUGUUUAACCAUAGACCAAGACAAAUGGGGCACAUGCAGCCAUGAACAUUGAACAAUAAAGUUUUAAUUUUAUUUGGUUUGACGAUUUGGCAUAAUCUGUUGGCAUAAUUCUUUUCCUUUUUUACUGUGUGAAUAUUUAAAAAAAAAAUACAUAAAAUGCGCGCCAUAUUAUGUUUUUUUUAAAUCUUAUUUUUUUAUAUAAAUAAUCGAUUUUUUGUCAUUCGAAAUGGCUUGUGUUUAUAUUACGUUUAAUAAUGCCGAUAAAUGAAAUGAAAUUACAAUGACAACAAGAUACUUAAAUUUGGAGAUAAAAUGUAACUAAAAUAAUCAGUCAUUGACAAAGUUAAAGGUUAAAUUUAGAUAAGUAAACAUUUAUUUGCAAUAUUAAUGCUAGGUUUCCUCGUAAUUGAAGUGGAAAGCAAAGUGUAUUCGUCAUUUUACCGUCGUAUCUAUCCACCCUCCUCUACGGCCUGGGUGGAUGUAAAUGCCUCGCGCAAAAUGCUUAGUACCUAAAUUGUUUUUAUUUACUAAUUAUUAGGUUACGAUUUAAAUACCUAAGCAGUAGUAGUGCUCCACGAUAUACCUAAGCCUAAAAUAAUAAGUACAUCUGUAUCGUUUCGAUUUGUGCAUGACACCAAAAAUAGCUUGCAGUCGCACGCGCAGCGCCGCACGUGAACACGUCACACACCAUGUUUUCUGCGCGAGGAAAACUAACGUAAACACUUGUAUUAUUGUUUAUCCACUGAUAACUUGUGAAUGGGCGUAGUAAAUAGUAGCGUACUUGUGUCGUUGUAUAUUUUCACGGUUAUACAAUUUUAGCGCGCGGAAAUUUUAUUAGUUUUAUCUGAUUUGAAGUGCUUCCUUUUUUUGAAUGAGAUUAUGUUGAAGUUGUUAAAGUGUUUUUUUUUUGUAAUGACAUUAUUUCGUUUGGUCUUUAGUGGGUAGUUUGUAGUGAAAACUGUAACAAUGAUGUUCAACGGAUUAAUAAUGUGCGGAGAUUCGGAUAAUAGUGAUUUUACUAAGGAUAGUCAUAGAACGUCGAGCGUGGCGGAGAGCGGAGCGGCCAGCGGGGCGGACAGCGGGCAGUGCAGCGCCGUGACGCGGGCCGUGGAGUGCCGCGACAAACUGAUGUCUACAUUGCAAGUCCUAGAAAACAAAGACGAAUUGAUCAGGAUACAAGCGGAGAGCCUGCGUCUGCUCGAGACCAGGAUAGCUGAGCUGACGCGACGAGACGAGGACCUGCGCCAGAAGCUGCAGGAGAAAUGUAACGAGAUAAAGUUAAUGCAAGCCGCUACGGAGUACGAAAAAAACAACAAAUCCAGCAUUUCUGUGGCAACAGAUUCUAAGGAGCACGAGCGAGUGGUGCGCUCGCUGGAGAGCAGCUUGGCCGUCAUCGAGGAGCUCUACUCCGAGAGCUUCUACGAGGCUGCGAAGCAGGAGAAGCUGAUAGAGAUGCUAAGGUCGGACAUUCUGGACGUGAGAAUGAUGGACAAACAGAAAGACACGCAGAUACAGAAGCUCCAGAACGUGGUGCACACGCAGAAAUGGUCGUUAGAGCAAUGUCAGGACAUUGCAAUGGAGGUGGACAGUUUGAAGAUUGAGAUCUCAAACUUCCUGAGCAGCUCCAACAACGACUCGGGUAUGUGGGAAAGGGACUCGUCGCCGUCGCAAGGAGACGCCGUGGAGGAGCUCCGGGAGAUAUCGGCUCAACUGCUGCAGCUGAGGGACUUGCUCACUGUAGACUGUACCUGCGGGUUGGAGAAGGAAAACAAAAGUUUGAAGCAGGCAAACACCGCGAUGCAGUCGAAGAUUGCAGAGUUGGAACAGAGACUGUCGGAAAAAGAGAAUGAACUAGUGGAGAAGCAGAUAGUGGAGCGGCGGCUCACGGAAGACGUCGGUUCGACAGAGAAAGAGCUGAGCAGCUGCCGCCAGCAGCUGGCGGCGCAGCAGCGCGCGGCCGCCGAGCGCGGCGCCGAGUGCGACUGUCUCACGCGACGGCUCCGGCAGGCCGAAGCACUGCUGAGCGACAAGGUAGCGGAGCUAUCUUCAGUACAACGUCUGCAUGCGCAGGAGCAGAGCGUAGUAAAAGAAUUAAAGAUGGAGCUGCAGCGAGCUGCCCACCUCGCCGAGGAGAACACGAAGGUCCGCGACGAGGUGCAGCGCCUGCGCGGCGCGGUGUGGGCCUGGCGCCGGCAGCUCGCGGACAGCGAGCGCAGCGCGCGCGCGCUCUCCGAACAGCUGCAGCGCGCGCGCGACCUCUACCGCGACGCCGACAGCCGCUACCAAGAGAAAGUCCGUUGCGCGUGCCAGCUCCAGGAGCAGCUGGACGAGGCGCACGCGCGCGGCGCGGCGCUGUGCGAGGACACGCGCCUCGCGCUGCUCACUGUGCGCCGCUGGAUGUGCGCCUUCCGCCAGAUACGCAGAGAACACGAAGAAAAGAUAAAAAAUCAACAAGAAACAAUAGAAUCUCUUCGACAACGACUGAACCAGAAUUCAAACAGCAAACUCCUUGAUCCGUGUUGUUCUAAAAGUGUACCUCGACCGCAGAGACAGAAAUCCAUUGCCAUAGACACCAUUCUUCUGAAGAGCCAUUCGUCUUGUGUCUGUUCGAAAGAGAGGAAGAACAGUGCGACAGAGAGGAAGCCCAGUGCGACAGAGAGGAAGAACAGUGAGACAGAGAGGAAGAACAGUGAGACAGAGAGGAAGAACAGUGAGACAGAGAGGAAGAACAGUGAGACAGAGAGGAAGCACAGUGCGACAGAGAGGAAGCAAAGUGAGACAGACAGGAAGCACAGUGCGACCGAGACCACUAGCUGCUCAUCAACUCUCGUGGCGGCGCAGAGGAUGGCGAGGAGGAAGUCUUCUCAUGACAGAUUAUGCCUAUGUCGCUCACAAAGAGACAAGCUGGAGGCGGGGCCGCGCUCGGCGCCGGCCCGGCGGGAGGACGUCCGGCGCGUCGCAGUUCUCGCGGACGCGUUCCGUCACCGCGACUUAUCUCCUGCGAGCGAUUUGGAAGCGCAGAUGUCUCAGCUCCAAGAGGACCUGUCAAGGAAGCAGCGGCGAUGGUCGAGACAAAGGUCCGCCUCGCACUCGAGGUGACAUCCAUCUUUACCUGUUUUAAUAGGCUAAGGACACAUUACACCUAUGAAUUUAUAAUUUUUUUGAAAGAUAAACUUCAUUUUUGCUACGUAAAAUAUGGCUAGAAGUGAUUUAAAAAGUUAACAAUCUAAAGUAUAAUGUAACUGAUAUUCAGAUAAUAGUAAUUUUCAUUGCGUCCAUGUUUUACUUGUGACACGUUAUGUUUUUCAUUAAAAAAAUAAAAUACUGAUUUCGGUUCUGCGUAAUGUUACACGUUUGUAAGAUUUAUGUUGCCGAUGUGUUUGUUAAAUAGCAAAAUAUUGUCCGACUGAAGCAUAAAACGUAACUACUUAAUAUGUUGGACUGUAGAUAAUUAUUAUAAACAGCAGUAGCCUUCUUUCCGAGUAAUUUUACGCAACGAAUAAUCAGUUUUUAACAAGAGUUUAUGAAAAACCUAACAGCGUUUUAUAAAAAUAAGUUUAUUAUUCAGAAAUUAGGUUAGAGAAAACUAAUAAUAAAUAAAUAACCAGGUUUAUCAUAAGGCUAGAUCUUCAGCUAGUGGAAUAAAGAGUUCAUAUGAGGUAUGUGGAACGAGGUAAGUUUGAAAACCUAGCUUUAUUUACGUCGAGGAGGGAUGGGGCUUGCAUGCUGCAACGAUGUAACUAGUAAACUUCAUGUUUCUGUUCAUUUAACUGGAAAGCCAAUGUAGAAAAAGGAAUCCUUUAUAUAGCCAGUUUUAUGGAUGGUUUUAACCGGGCAAGUUCUUAUGAUUAUGGUCUUAAAUUUACUAUAUACUACCAAUGUUAUGACUGAAUUUAAUAGAUUUGAUUAAGUUUUUAGCAAAAUCAUGAUUUUUAAUAGCCAUUUUAAGAUUUACUGCCACGCAUUUUCAGUAUUGUUAGUCGUAUAUUGUGUAAUUUAAUCUAAUUUAUAGUAAUUUUAAAUUAAAUAUAUUUGUUUUGUUGACUGUGGUGGUGGUUUUAAUUAAACGAAUG